GGUGCUGCUCGCCAACUACUUCUUUGCCCUCGGCCGCUUCCUCGAGGGCAGGUACCACAGCUGUGCCGCGGCCUCGCUCACCGUCACCUGCCGGCUCAACACCCUCGGCCUGCCGCUUGCCACUGGUGCGCAGGGCGGGCUGGGCAUGGGCCUGGUGCACGGGUCGCAUCCCGGCUUCCCUGCCGCCGCUGCCGCUGCCGACGCCGUCGAGCAGGGAGAACGCGUCGACGCGUUCUGGGCGGUGUACGUGUUGGACAAGUGCUGGUCCGUCGCGCUUGAAUCUCCGUCCGCGAUCUCGGACAGCAGCACCUCGGGAACACGCAUCUCCACGCCGUGGCCGCUCAGUAUCGCUCAGUAUGAACAGGGUCGAGUGGCCACUUACACCGGUGUGCCCGUCAUUUCCGAGUUCCUUAAUGGUCAUACCAUUGGUAACCUCGACUAUUUCUCUCCGUUUGCUCUCCGUGCACAAGCAUCUACUCUUUUCUCUCAAGCAUCUGUUCUGGCCUCUCGUUAUCGCGAUGGUAAGUGA